GGAAGGCAAUGAGUAGAAAAUCAUACUAUAAGCAAAAGUCACUCAAGAGGUCACUGUGGGUUAUAGAGAAGCAUUAAAAGUCAGAAACAAAGUCUAGCAUAUGGGCCCAGGUUGUAUAACCCACACGCAAUUAAGACUUUGACCAAAAAAAUUAAUACUUUAACCAUGAAAACUAAACACCAUUGACAAAAGAAGCAAGAAACAUGGACCAGGCAACACAGAGAGACGAUAGACAUGGAGAACAAGCACUUUCUCCUAAUCGCCUUGCCUGCCCAGGGCCACUUAAAUCCUAUGUUCCAACUUGGCAAGUGCCUGAUACAUGCCGGUGCCGGGAGAGUCACUUUUGCCACUACAGCACAUGGUCUCACUCAGGUCGAAGCCUUCCCUUCACUUGAAAAUUUACACUAUGCCUCUUUCUCAGAUGGUUUUGAUGAUGGGAUCAAACCCACCAACGAUCCACACCGCAUCAGGGCUGAACUCAAACGUGUUGGCUCACAAACCUUAACUGAGCUCCUCCUGUCUCUCUCCAAGGAGGGUAAUCCGGUGAGCUACCUAAUCUACACCCUUCUCCUCCCUUGGGCUGCUGAUGUUGCACGUGACAUGUCCAUCCCAUCUGCUUUUCUUUGUAUUCUGUCUACUACUGCCUUUGCUCUAUGUUACUGUUUCUUUAAAGAACGUGAUGGUGUAUAUGAUAGUAAUGAUAAUGGGCCUCCAAGCUCAAUUGAAAUGCCUGGAUUGCCACUGUUCACUAGUAAAGAUAUGCCUUCCUUCCUUUUGCCCAAUGAUCCACAUGCAUCAAUACUCAUCCCUCUCUUUCAACACCAUAUCCAAGCACUAGAAAAAGACUCAAACCCAUGUGUGCUACUCAACACCUCUGAUUGCCUAGAAGAAGAAGCAAUCAGACGCAUCAGUAAUCUUAACCCAAUCCCAAUCGGACCAUUAGUUUCAUAUGCAUUUUUAGAUGAAAACAACUCAACAGACUCGUCUUGUGGAAUUGACUUGUUUGAAAAAUCUACAGAAUACAGUCAGUGGUUGAAUUCAAAACCAAAAGGGUCAGUAGUUUAUGUUUCCUUUGGAAGUCUAGCUGUGUUGCAAAAAAAUCAAAUGGAAAAGAUAUUGCUCGGUCUAACUGGUACCUGCAGGCCAUUCUUAUGGGUAGUUCGACCUUCAGCUGGUAGUGAUGAUAGAGAGUUCGAGGAGAAGAUAAGGGACAAAGUGAAUGAAGAAGAAGGGUUGAUAGUGCCAUGGUGUUCACAAAUGGAGGUGCUCGCUCACGAAUCGAUAGGGUGUUUUAUGAUGCAUUGUGGGUGGAACUCAACACUGGAGAGCCUAGCAACAGGUGUUCCUGUUGUGGGGUUCCCACAAUUCUCUGACCAGACAACAAAUGCAAAGAUGGUGGAAGAGGUGUGGAGGACCGGAGUUAGAGCAAGAGUGAAUGAUGAUGGUACUUUAGAAGCAGAAGAGAUUGAGAGGUGUUUGGAGAUGGUGAUGGGAGGUGGUCAGAGAGGAGAGGAAAUAAGGAGGAAUGCUAAAAAGUGGAAAGGAUUGACUUUGGAGGCUGUGAUGGAGGGGGGUUCUUCAUAUAACAAUCUCAAUGCCUUUCUGGAAAAGAUCGAAUGAUGGAGGGAGGCGCUCCACCUUGAUUUAUAGUCGAGUCUGAAACACUUACGAUUAGAGAGAAGUAUGCGUGUGUAAAGAGCAGGUUGAAUUAUGCAUGUAUCAAGUUAAGGUUUGGAUAACUGAUAGAACUAUAAUUCAGUUGACAUGUUGUGAUCCCGUUUAUUGGUUUAAUCAUCCGAAAAAGCUUUGAUUUUUCUGAAAAUUUUGAACA